ACUCUAUGGUGUGGAGAUUUUGCGGGAAAGAGGUUAUCAGUUUAGUGUUUGGUUUAGUGACAAGUGAUAGUGAAUGUGGAUGUGAAUACAUGGAACGACUUACAACAUCGUGUUGACGUGGCACGAAUUUCCUUUUGUUCAUUGCAAAAACACUACAAAAAUUGAAUUAUUUGAAUUAGUAAUAUGUGGAUCUUAAGGGGUCCUCAAGGAGAAGAGCAUUACCUCACCACGAAUAAGGUGUACACGGUCAGCCGCAAGUCUCUUGGGGACAUUGUGCUGGCCAAUGACGAGUCCGUGAGCCGAGUUCACGCCAGGCUUGAAGUUGUAUUCGACAAGGAACAUGUAAGUGACCCUGCGCGUCUCCCAGAGGUUUUCCUCAUUGAGUGCAAGUCCAAGUACGGGACGUACGUAAACAAAGGCAUCAGCACCGGAAGUCGGCUCCCAGAAGAGGCCAGGCUGCAGCUGAAAAACGGCGACAGGGUUAGGUUUGGCAUCCAACACAACGAAUGGAAGCUCCACCACGAGCCCCUCGUCGUCACGACGUCGACCUUGAACGCGGGUCAGACGGCGAGCCUGGUGGCGAAGGUCGCGGAGCUCGGGGGCCACGUGGUGCCCGACUGGCGCGACGACUGCACGCACGUCACCAUGAACAGGAUCACGCUCACCGUGAAGGUGGUGUGUGCCCUGGCGCGGGGCGGGCGGAUAGUCAAGCCGGACUACUGGGAGCACUACCUGUCCGCCGUCGCCGCCCGGACGGCGCUGCCCGACUACAGGCUACACGCCCCCCUGCUGGCGGAGCGCUCGCUCAGCGACCGGGACGUGUCCUUCGCCGUCGACGAGCGCAGGGCGUCGCUCCUCCGGGGCAAGCUGUUCGUGUUCCACUCCGUCGAGCAGCUCAACGCGUUCUCCUGCAUGGUGUUCGCAGCAGGUGGCCUGUGCGUGAUUGCGGAUGGCUGUGGAAUGAGCCGUGAUGAGAUGUUGGAGCCCCACGUCGUUGUAAUGGGAUAUCCGUUUGAACGGAGCAGCCAGGAAACUCAGUACACAGACUCCUUCAAGCAGUUGAAGGGUUUCCUGCUGUCGAACGGCAAGCGCCUGAUCUCGGAGUCCGAGAUCGGUCUCGCAGUCUUGCACUGCUCUGUGGAGCGAUACUGCAACCCCCAGUCGACGGAGAACUUCAACUCUGCGAGCCGCAGCCAAGCGGUGCAAAGCAGGACAGCCAGUGCAAGGGUGGCGACGCAGGAACCCACCCAGCCUCUGGAAGAGCUUCAAGGCACCGAGUCAUCUCAGGGCUCGUUCCUGAGCCUGAGGACGAAAAGACAACGCAGGGUGGCCGCUAUCAUUGUGGAGUCGGACAGUGAGCCAGAGGUCGUUCCCACGACGAGGAGUGAACAACCGAUGGAAGAGAUGCCUUACCCAAAAACAACUAAACCUGAAGAAACAGGUUCAAGGAAACGAUUAAGAAAUGAAGUUUUCAUUGAAAACCCUCCUAAAAAACUUGCCUUUGAAACUACAAACCAAAUACGUAAUGUUCAAAAUCAUCGUGAUCUUUUAUGUGAAGCGAAUAAUAGGGUAGUCAGCAAUACUUCUGAAGUCAGCGUUGAAACCCCUACUAAAAAACUUGCCGGUGAAACCCCUACUAAAAAACUUGCCGGUGAAACCCCUACUAAAAAACUUGCCAUUGAAACUACAAACCAAACGUUUAAUGUUCAAUAUCAUCGUGAUAAUGUCGAGAAUAAUAGGGUACUCGAGAAUUCUUCGGAAUCUGACAUUUUCAGAAUGGCAAGUUCAAACAAGAGUGUUUUUCCUGUUUUAAGCACACGUGGACAAACUAAGUCUUUAGUCUCCCGUAGCAUGGUUGGAUCAAAGUUUACAUCACGGAGGAAAAGUGAGAGUUCCGAUGAAGAUAAAUCAUUAUUUACAUUUAUAGAUGACACUAAGAAAUCAACCGCAAGACGGAGAAACGACUCGGAUGAUGAAGGAAGUGCGAUGUUCACAUUUGUGGAUGAAGCUCAAAACAGUUUUUCAGCUAGCCGUAAGAGGGCUGUUAGAAACAAUAGUGAUAGUGAUGACGAUAAUGAUGCAGCAUCAAAGUUUGUGUUUGUUGAAGAUCCAAGUACAAAAUUCGCUGAAAAAUAUUUUCCAGACAAAACCUGGUCCAGCAACAAAAGAACUAUAAAUGCUGUAAAUGGUCAUGAUGGUUCCAUCGAUGAACCUCCAUCCAAGAGACCCUCUGUAGAAUCAAGCAGGGUAACGACAAACCACGUUGUGUUUCUUCACGAUUUUAUAUCUGCCGUGAAGAUUGAGGACGAGGAUCCAAGAAGGAAAGAGUAUGCAUCAAAGUUACCCGAUUAUGUUCUGGGCAUGAACAACACGGUUGAUAUCACCGUGGGUUCAUUUCUCGCCACAAAUAAAGCUGAUAAAGAAAACUCAGUUAACAUGAAAAAUACAUCGGCUGAAAAGAACUUCAAAAAAUUUAGAAAGGUGGAUCCUAUCAGGAGGACCAUUGUGCCAACCAUCAUCGGGGGCAACGACCUGGUGAUUGCCGGAUCUCAGCGCCCGGCUGUCAAUGGCGACGCUGCAGGACCGGACGACAGACUCGAGAGCACGCUUCACUUUGUGGACGAUUAGUGGUUCGUAGUCGCGUGUCUUUCAUGAAGACGACUGCCACAAGGGUGUGGCACACCCCUGUUUUUGCAUAUUGUUUGUGAAAACCUCCUGAAGGUAACAGUACACAAACUCUAAUAAGUACUUUUAAAAAAUCUAAUGUAAUUUUUUUUUUUUUUUUUUUUUUUUUUAACUCAUGCAAAAAUGUUGUUUUUAACUACAAAUACAAUAAACAAGCUAUGUAAAAAAAUAACAUUCUUAGAAAUUUUAAUUUAUGUGAAGUAUAAAUUGUUUUUAAAUUUGUAUUUAUAAUUCUUAUUGUUUUCUGUUCACAUAUUUCUGUCAAGUUGUUUUUUUUUUUUUAUAUAGCACUUGUGAAUAUGGAAUAUGUUUAUAGAUAUUUUUAUUUUAAUUGUGUUUUAUAUAUAUUAAGUAUUUACAGAUUUCUUAGACUUUCUCAUUUACAAAUUUGUCUUCUUUACUCAAUAUGAUAAAUUAGUAUGAAUUAUAAAUGCAUAUUAUUUGCAUGCAUAUUCUAGCUAUGUAAAUGUACCAAACCUCUGUUGUAAAUUUAUAAUAAAAAAAUAUAUUUUUUUAGAAUUUGCA